GAAAUUAAAUAAAAGGUUACCUCUGACCUGAAAAAUCCAAGGACACUUCAUCGCAUCAUUCUAAAAUAAGCACCUCUCUCUUUUCUUCCUCAACUCCUGUUACCCUUAUAUUUCUGUGUUCGGUUCGAAUUUCAAAAUUGUUCUGUAUUCAAUUGACGUGUGUUUGGUUCAACAAACCCAAAGUAUUAGAUUGUAUUAACAUCAAACCAAUCAAAGGCAACAAAAGAGUAUCUUUUCACGAUUCCCUUCGAUUCCAAGUGAAAACUUGAGGGCACAUAGCCAAGAACCCUAAUCCAACCACAUUUUUGGCCCCAUUUUUUUUGCCCCUUUUUUGAGGGGCACGUUAAUUUCGGUCAUGCAUUGCAUGUCUCUCUUGCAUUGUUGUUUCGUGGAUUACAUCGAGAACAAAAUGUCGAAGCUCCAAGUCGACCAGCUCCAUCAAUUGAAGGAAACCUUCACGAGGUUCGACAUGGAUUCAGAUGGAAGCCUAACAAGUUUGGAGCUCGAGGCGCUUCUUAGGUCACUGGGGCUAAAACUCUCGGGUGACAUUCACGCGUUAUUAGCCAACAUGGAUUCGAACGGAAACGGCUUCGUAGAGUUCGAUGAGUUGGUGGAUGCAAUAUUGCAUGACAUAAGCGCAGAGAUUUUGUUGAACCAAGAAAUGCUACGUGGGGUGUUCAAAUGUUUCGAUCGUGAUGGCAAUGGCUAUAUAACUAGGGCUGAAUUGGCGGGAACAAUGGCCAAAAUGGGCCAACCCCUUACGUAUAGAGAACUCACGGAGAUGAUCACAGAGGCUGAUACGGAUGGUGAUGGUGUCAUUAGCUUCAAUGAGUUUGCCACUGUUAUGGGUAGGUCAGCCUCUGAUUUCUUAGGGCUUGCCUUCUCGUAGUGAUCACACAAAACACGAUUUUGAGCUUUGGAAUGUGUUUCUGUCCUUGAUGUUGUGCUCAAACAAUAUUGUGCCUUCAAACAAAGAGGAGAGGAAAGAUUCCUAAUGUAGAGUUUUUUUUUUUCUUCAGUUUUUCAUGUUUUGGGGUUGUGUACGUAGCAUUUUAGUGGAUUCUUGGGAAUAUUUUACGUGAUUGAGAAUUUGGGGGGAUGGUUAUGUUGGGUGAGAAGUGAAACAAAGGAAUCAAAUAUGGAUAUUUGGUUUUUUUUUUUUUUUGCCUCGAUCUUUGCAGUUGAAUCAAUUCAAGGAAUAAAAAACUUUUCCAUUCCACAAAACAUGGCAUCGGUUCAAACGGAUUUGGGUUCUCUUCUGUUGAAUUCAACUGCAUGAAUCCCAAUCACAAAUUAAACUAUAAAAUGAAUGGUAAGUUAAAAAAGUAUACACCAUUAGAUUUAAAAUUGCAUGACCUUGCAGUUCCUUUGAACUGGUGAUCAUCCUGAUCCUGAUCCUGUUCAAAUUAUGCCUAA